AUGUGUGGGAUCUGCUGUGUUGUGAGUUUGACCUCGUCUCAGUGUUCGCUUCACGAUCGUGUCUAUGAAACACUGCGUCGUCGGGGACCCGAUCACAGCCGGAACGUCAAAGCGAGUUCAUCGAACCCAGAGUACAGUUGCCUUUUCUCUGCUCAUGUCCUCCAUAUGAGAGGGAGUCUGACCCCGCAGCCUCUGCAAGACAACCGUGGGAAUCUCCUCCUCUGGAAUGGCGAGGUCUUUGGCGGAUUGGUGGUGGAACCUGAGGAAAACGAUACCCAAGUUAUUCUUGAUCGUUUGUCGGCGUGUAAAGGUCCGUCAGAUGUGUUGUCCGUCCUGGGUCAGGUUAAGGGACCGUGGGCGAUUAUCUAUUACCAGAAAGAGGAACAUUGCGUCUGGUUUGGGAGGGACUUCUUUGGGAGAAGAAGCUUGCUUUGGAGUUGGGGAACAGACAAGAGGUCCUUUACGCUGACGUCCGUGUCUACUGGCUCAGCGGAUCUCAAAUGUUCAGAGGUUCCAGCGGUCGGUGUUUACAGAGUGGACUUAAAGAGCUGGUCACAGCGGGAAAGUCUAAAUAUUGAGGUUUAUCCAUGGGGUUAUCUUGAUUCUGACUUCAUCUGGGAAGGUCUUCCCAGUUUCGUCUCCUUCGUCCUGAACGAUUCGGGACUUGUCCUGUCGACUCCGGUCCCCCCCAUGAACAUGUCCAUAACCGGAGUGGAACCAAAUUCUUGCAAUUCCACUCAAACAUCACUGGAUGACCUUAAGGAGCUUUUAAAAAGCACCGGAAAGCGAGAAACGGUUUGUCGUCUCGUGGAUGUCCUCGGCGAGGCUGUACGCAGGAGGGUGCAGCACCUUCCCCAUCAAUUCAACCCCCAUCAAGCGCAAGUUGCCAUACUUUUUUCCGGAGGAAUCGAUUCCAUGAUCCUGGCUGUUCUUGCCGAUCGCUACAUACCUCCGGACCAACCCAUCGACCUCCUCAACGUGGCAUUUAAACUCCAGGAAUCGAAGACAAAUCAAGGCUCAGGGAAGAAAGGAAGAAACACUAAAAAAGAUCACGCAAGUCAUGAGGUUUCCACAUCGCAGCAAACAAACUUCGACGUUCCGGACAGAAUCACGGGUCGGGACGGUCUGCGUGAACUUGCAGCUCUCAAUCCCGAACGGAAAUGGAACUUUGUUGAGAUCAACGUUACCCAAGAGGAGCUUAGGGAAAUGCGGGUGGAGAACAUCUGCCACCUCGUUCAUCCGUUAGACACCGUUCUGGACGACAGUAUCGGAUGUGCCAUGUGGUUUGCAGCCAGAGGAAGCGGCUUGGUAUCAGAGGGAACACGGCAGAGGCAGCACAGCUCUACCGCAAAGGUCAUUCUGACGGGCAUCGGGGCAGACGAGCAGCUAGCUGGCUACUCCAGACACCGAGUACGUUUUAAAACCUCGGGUCUUCAGGGACUGGUCAAGGAGCUGGCUAUGGAGUUGGGUAGAAUUUCCUCCAGGAAUCUCGGACGAGACGACCGGAUUAUCGCGGAUCAUAGCAAAGAGGCCAGGUUCCCGUACUUGGACGAGGACGUGGUGAGCUUCCUGAACACGUUGCCGGUUUGGGAGAAAGCAGAUCUGUCUCUGCCCCGGGGACUGGGUGAAAAGCUCCUCCUGAGGCUGGCAGCCGUCGAGCUCGGACUCGGACCUUCUGCUGUACUGCCCAAGAGAGCCAUGCAGUUCGGGUCUCGAAUAGCCAAGCUGGAGAACAGCCGUGAGAAGGCUUCCGAAAAGUGCAGCAGACUGAUCGCCAGUUAGAGCACAAAAUUUAUUUUAUUUUAUUUUUUUCAUCACGGGAUCUGCGGAUCCAAAUAUCUCUGUUGGAAUACUAGAUUAAAUAAACGUCUGGAUUUUGAAGCUGUUCUCUGAAGUAUCUGUCGCACUCGGUGUACGAUGCCAGGUUUCCGACAUCGAAGCGCCCUGAAACCUCGUGCACGUACACUGGCCUUCUGAAAUAAUAAGAAAUCAUACAAGAUAAGACAUGACAGUACACACAGUGUGUAAAAGACGCUUUAGGGUUAUAAUUGAAAUGAAUUACCUUGCUAUAAGCCAUGACAGGAAGUUCCCCGGUGCAUCUUUCUCCUCGAGUGGCCGUGUCUGUAACAACGAGGGUUGAAGCUUGCAGUUAAGACGGUGUACGUACUUAUGCCGCUGCGUACCUGAAUCCUCAAUUCUGAUUGGUCAGGAAGCGUUGAUUAAAUUUUCAUAAUGUCAUCAUCUCUGACAAUUAUGGUGUUACUGUUCUGCUAGCGUUUCUAUAGUAACCUAAUAACAAAUAGUAUAGUUGUCUGUUAAGGAUGUUUAAUGAGCACGGAAGGAGUCUCCAGUGUCAGGUUGAAAAGUUCAUUAGUGUGAAAGAAAAGAGGCUGCUUUAAAGUUAACAUGACGAGGAGCUCGUUUUUGUUUCACAGAUGUUCCCAGCCAUCACAUGUAACUAGAAAUGGAUAAAGAAUAAAGAUUUUUCUCUUAACAAAUAA